UCUGCAAAACCUGAUGACGGGGAAAGGUGGAUGUUAGGGCUGGUUUGGAGGGGAACCAUAAAAUGAGAGGAAAAGUGUUUGCAAGCACCGGAGCAGCUCUGCUCGCAGGUAGCUCUGACUGAGACCAGGGAGUGAGCUGAAUGCAGAGUAAUUCUUCCUGAAUAACGCCAGGUUUGGAUAUUUAUUCCGGAACAAAAAGUGAUUCCUUCCUGUUGAAGGCUGUAUGAGCCUCCGCCAGCAGCCCGUGGGCCAGCUCCCCUGCCAGCCAGCCCUGCGCGGCCUGCCUCUGCGUCCCCAUCCCUCGCCGUCACCCACGGUAGCUUGUCAUCCCGCAGACGCCGUGGGGUUGUGCAGGCAGAGGGGGCUUCUCUGGGGAAAGCCAGCCCAGGCGGUGCUUUCUAGGCCAAAGCCCAAAACGUACAGCGAGGGAAAAACCUGAUCAGAAGCCACUGCAAAGCAAGCGUCGUUCGGGAAAAGCGCUGCGAAAGCUGCAGGCAGCGCAGCCGCUCUGACAUGAAUUGCUGCAGCGUCUGAGAGCCAAGGGAGCAUCUCAGGGGGUUAAUCCCACCGCGGCAAAGGCGGAAAGCUGUACGCACCGGGAAAACAGUUUGCAUCUCUCUAGCCAAGUGUGGAUUUAAGGAAGCCGUCCAGCCCUCCGCUCCUGCCCAAGCAUCCAGAGGCAUGCGGGGCUGCAGAGACUCCUGAUCCCAGCCGAGCUUUCCCUUACCUUUCCCUUCUCCUGGUUCUUCCCAAGCCGUUCAACAUCACCGUGGCCAUUUCGGAGCUGAUCCUCGGCCAGCGAGCCCCAUCCCGGUGCCUGGCCCGGCCCUUGAGUACACGUCCCAGGUGUGGCAGUCGGAGGAGAGACGCUGGGGUUCAGGGUGUGCUUCCUCUCCGGGCUGCCAUCGGGCUCCUCCGGUGCCGGGGCACGCCGUGCCCCACCGCGCUGCCUUUUUAAUAGCCGAUUUUAAUUACACGCUCUGAGACGAAAGAGAAAAACCAAGCCUUCCAACAGAUUUUAUCUGCUGUUUAUUUCCACAAAUUGCUGCGGAAAAAAGCCCGGAGGGUUUUGAUGGAGGUGGAGGCUGAGAUAGCCGGCAACACGGAGGCUGCCGGGGCGCAGCCUUUUUAACCUCCCCUGCCGAGGCAGGUGCCGACACAUCCCCGCAGCCGGCGAAACAUGCUAACGCUAUGGAGGCUGACCGAGCAAACGGUGCACCAGUACUACAGCUGCCUGCCUGAGGACAAGGUCCCCUACGUCAACAGCCCGGGAGAAAAAUCUCGCAUAAAGCAGCUUUUGCACCAGCUGCCGCCGCACGACAAUGAGGUCCGCUAUUGCAAUUCGUUGGAUGAGGAGGAGAAGAGGGAGCUCAAACUCUUCAGCAAUCAAAGGAAGAGGGAAAAUUUAGGAAGAGGCAAUGUCCGGCCAUUCCCCGUAACCAUGACGGGGGCCAUCUGCGAGCAGUGCGGCGGCCAGAUCAACGGCGGGGACAUGGCCGUCUUCGCCUCGCGAGCGGGGCACGGCGUUUGCUGGCACCCUCCCUGCUUCAUCUGCAGCGUCUGCAACGAGCUCCUGGUCGACCUGAUCUACUUCUACCAAGACGGGAAGAUCUACUGCGGCAGGCACCACGCCGAGUGCCUCAAGCCCCGCUGUGCGGCGUGUGACGAGAUCAUUUUUGCCGACGAAUGCACCGAGGCCGAAGGGCGGCACUGGCACAUGAAGCACUUCUGCUGCUUUGAAUGCGAGACGGUGCUGGGGGGGCAGAGGUACAUCAUGAAGGACGGCAGGCCCUACUGCUGCAGCUGCUUCGAGUCCCUCUACGCCGAGUACUGCGACACCUGCGCCCAGCACAUCGGUAUCGACCAGGGCCAGAUGACGUACGACGGCCAGCACUGGCACGCCACCGAGACCUGCUUCUGCUGCGCGCAGUGCAAGAAGUCCCUGCUGGGACGGCCCUUCCUGCCCAAGCAGGGCCAGAUCUUCUGCUCCAGGGCCUGCAGCGUCGGCGACGACCCCAACGGCUCCGACUCCUCCGACUCGGCUUUCCAGAGCGCGCGAGCCAAGGAGUCCCGCCGCAGCGCCAAGAUCGGCAAGAACAAGGGGAAAGGCGAGGAGGGAGCGCGCAGCCCCUGCAGCCAGCUGCAGGUCGCCUCCAACCGCCUCUCCGCCGACGUGGACCCGCUGUCCCUGCAGAUGGAUUUGCUGAGCCUGGCCAGCCAGACGCCAAGCCUCAACAGGGAGCACUUGUGGAGGAGCCGGGACGAGCUCUAUCACUACGGGAGCAAAAUGGAGCAAAGUCAGUCCCAAAGCCCUUUGCAGCUUCUCAGCCAGUGCAACAUAAGGACCUCCUACAACCCCAGCCAGGUCCCAGGCUCGCAGCCGGAUUUAUGGGCGAAACAUUUCAGCAACCCAAAGAGGAGCUCCUCGCUGGCGAUGAAGAGCCACGGCGGCAGCUUCAUCCAGGACUGCAGAGAGGACUACUACUCGGGGCGGCUUCGCUCGCAGGAGAGCUACAGCGACAUGUCCAACCAGAGCUUCCCCGAGACCAGAGGAAGCCUCAAAGUCCCCAAGUACGAAGAGGAGGAGGAAGGCGGGAUGCCGACGCCGCAGUGCCGCAGCCGGCACCCCAUCAACGCCCUCAAGUUCACGGAGGACCUGACGCCCACCGAGCGGACUCCCCGCGGCUCCAUGGAGUCCCUCGCGCUCUCCAACGCGACAGGCCUCUCUGCAGACGGUGGAGCCAAGCGCCAGGAGCAUCUCUCCAGGUUCUCGAUGCCUGACCUGAGCAAAGACUCGGGCAUGAACGUCUCGGAGAAGAUGAGCAACAUGGGGACCCUGAACAGCUCCAUGCAAUUCCGAAGCGCCGAGUCCGUCCGCAGCCUGCUGUCGGUGCAGCAGUACCAGGACAUGGAGCCGAACCUGCACAACCUCGCCAGCCCCCUCGGGUACCGAGAGCGGCCGUCGCACGGGCGGAUGCACCAGAGCUUCGACUACGGUAGCGGGGUGCCCGGGGGCAAGCUGGGGGCACAGGAGGGCUCGAGGCAUGCCCCCAUGAGCGAGCGUACGCGCCGGCGAACUAACCUCCGGGAUGAUGACCGGCAUUACCGCCCGCACCGGCCCCGGCGGUCUCGACGUUCCCGGUCGGAUAACGCCCUGCACCUGGCCAGCGAGCAGUGCUGCCGGCUGAAGGAGAGACCCUCGCUCCGAGCCAGGGAAGACUACGACCAGUUCGUGCACCAGAGGAGCUGCAGAGAGGCGGUGGAGCAGGGUCCCCGCAGGGACGUCUACGGCCACUGUCCCCGGACGGUGUCGGAUCUCGCCUUGCAGAACCACUUGGGCGAGAGGUGGGGGCCCUACUUCGCCGAGUACGACUGGUGCUCGACCUGCUCCUCCUCUUCGGAGUCCGACAACGAGGGCUAUUUCCUCGGGGAGCCGAUUCCCCAGCCCGCCCGCCUCCGGUACGUGACCAGCGAGGAGCUCCUGCACAAGUACGGCUCGUACAGCAUGCCCAAGUCUUCCACGCUGGGUGGCAGGGGACAGUUGCACAGCCGGAAAAGACAGAAGAGCAAAAACUGUAUCAUAUCCUAAUGGCAUCCUUGCCAGGCACCUUGGGAGAAUGUAAAUUAACUCACAAACUUGCACUGUUUUAGAUCAUGUAAGCGCUUUUAUUGUAACGAAAAAGACCUGAGGAGUAGGGAUUUGUAAGGAGGUUGUAGACUGGCUUCUAUAAAUAGUCAUAAUCCUGGGCACGGCGAAUAUAUUUUGCACAUCUUACUUUGGAGAAAAAAAAACCACACAAAAAAGUUCACUUUAGCCUGUAAUAUUUACCCAGUAGUUUUUCCUCUUUCUCCCGAAUACUGCCACCCUUUUGAGUUCUGUUUGUCCGUACGUUUUGGUUACCACUGUUGACUCUGCGCAUCAGUUUGCCGGUAGCUUUUGCUUGCCACCACGUUUUUGUUUUCCAUUAGCCAUGUUGGUAGGUAAUUUUGUCUCUUGGACAGUGUGGGAGCCUAAGUUAUUUCCAUGAUUGUUGUAAAUGCAAUGUAAAUGAGAGUUUGGAGAAAAUAUUUUUGUAUUUUGUAAUAUCAGAGGAAUUUCUAUAUCUUAGGAGUCACUGGGAAAAUGCAUGCACAUUCAGAAUUGUUUUCAGCCAGAGCUAACCAAACAGUACUUUGGACGCCCCCUUUCCGUUUCAUCAUCAAAUUUCUUAAGCAUACCAGUGAGAGUUUGAGUUGUCAGUUGUUUUUGCGGUUUCGGGUUUUUUUAACCCUUUUUUCUGUUUGUUUGUUUUGAUCCUGGUAAAUAAAGAGAACAUUUUCUGAUUCAUUAAAUCUCGAAGAGGCCUCGGUGGCAUUUUGAAGUCUGCUCACGCCUGUGAUUUGCAGGUACGCUCCAUCAGUCAGAUACAGGAAUCCUGACAGCUGCAAAAGGGACUUUUCUUUUUUAUCAUUAAAUAGGAAAGAACAGAACUACCAAAUGUCUGCAACGUUGUAAAUGACCAAAGCCGGAGAAGGAAUUUUACACCUCUGUAGAGAACGCUGAAGUUACUAAACGUUGAACUAUUAUUUGGAGUAAAUAAAAGUGUAAAUGGUGCAAUUGUGUGAUGUCAGCAUGACGUUGUUUUGAAUAUAGACUUGUCUUAUGGUGCUCUAGUCUCCUGGGUUAUGUUAACUGCUGUUCAUUACCAAGUGGAAGUCUCAAUAUUGCCUACUGCCUAACACGUAAGAGAACGACCGCAAACCGCUCCCCGCGGGCCUGAUCCUGCCCUGGCGAGACGCCCUCACCCCUCCGAGCCCGCUCGCGGCCGGGGGGCUCGUCCCCCGGGUGGGCUCAGCCCCCGCCGGCGGAGCAGCCUCGCCGCGGCGGAGCGUUCUAUAAAUAGGGCUCAGCUGUAUUGUGUUAUGGUGGAUGUGAGUUUGUUCUCUGUAUGCUUUAAACCGCCGGGGUGCUGCCGUCGCGGCGCGUCCCGGAGGAUUGCAAGCCGACGCCGGUCGUCCCGCUGCUUCCCGGGGAGGAGCGGGUUGGCAAAAGGGGCUCCCGGCACCCAAAGACGCCUGAGGGUGUUAAGAUAAAGCCGGGCGUUGAGCCGCGAGGCUUAACCGCCCGCGUCGCCCUCGGCCUCUCACGGCAUCGCCCCGCCGGCAUCUCGGGGUGCUGCCGCCGAGCCGGCCCCUGCCCUGCGCCCCGGGAAGGAGGGUCCCGCUGCGGGGCUGGUGCCGGCACCCCUGGGCGCCCGCGGGGACCCCCCCGUUGCCUACUCGAAGCAGCAGAUGCAGAAAAAUCUUGAAGAUGGAUGUCUCCAUACCACAGGCUAUUGCUAGGAAUUUUUUUCGUUGUUUGUAAAGGACAAUGUGAUAAUUAUUAUUCCUCUAAAAAGAAAAACAAAGAAAAAAAAAAAAAAAGAAAUGACACUUAAGUAUAUUUAAAAAAAAAUAAUGUUUUUUUCCAGUUGGAAUAAAUGGAAGUAUUCAUCCAAA